CAUACAUCAAUGGCACGUGGUCCUGCAAGAAUUCAAGCGCAGCAGAAAGCACAAAAGAAGGCAGAAGCUCAACGGAAGUCACAACCUUUCGAUCAUAAAGCAGCGGCACAAAAAUCUCUGAUCUACAAGUGCACCCAUUUCGAGAGUCGCCAUCCGGAUGCACCGUUACCACAGGAGUUGGCUGAACUGCAGAAAUGAAAAAAAAUUUUGCAUGCGGG